CGCCAGCGACGACACUGCGGCUAAAUUCUCCGCGCAUUAAUGUCAAUUUGAGGCUACCACUUAAAUAAUAGAAGUGAGGUCUUCAUUAUCUGCCCACAUGGUCCGAGAACAACAUAGUUUGCCGUUUUUACUGCUUUCGCUGGCUUUUCGGUGUCGACACUGGUGACGGUCCCGCAGAGCUUUCUCGGUUAGGAUUAACAGAAGUCUUGAACGACCGCACGCCUCACCGAAUCGUAGCUACUCUGCGCGGUGAAUAACGUAGAGAGAGACAGAGAUAGAGAGCGAAUUAAUUUCAAUUUCACUGUUGCUAUGCAUCAGAAGGCACAGAAAACGCUGGAUACUUUUUAGACUUGUCACGAAAUAUCUGUGUGUUUGAGACAGCAAGUCAUUGAUUACCAUCCAUUCAGCAUUAUAUGUCAGUAUGAUCUUUGACAUUUUUAACUGUCUUGGCGUUGUGGUUUUUCGACACGGUCUGGAAGUGACACUGGCCUAGUCGUGACACACUGUGUUGCAAAUUACCUUCCCCGUUGCUGAGCCUCUUAAACGGCAGGUGCGUGUUGCCUGCAUGUUUCAGUAAUUCUGUUUUAUGCCCCAUAGGCAACUGUCAGGGCAAUUUACAUCCGAAGCCUUGUGAUAGCGCAGAGUCCCGAGUUUGCCGGCUGCUGCACGUGCGCCUGCUCCUUCAGCAGCCGUUGUCAGUCGCUGCUACUUGCCGGCGGCUGCCGCAGCCGCUGCGUUUGUUUGGAGAGUACGCCGGCUUUUCAGCGCACAGUGCCCAUAAGCGGCGUCAGGGAAACGAGCGAAGCCGACGACGCGCUCGCGUCAACAGCAGCGGGCGAUCAAAAGCGCUGGCGGUGCCGGCCGCCCUACACUGUCACAGCAAACAGUUGUGUUUCUCUCGGGCCUCCACUCCACCUCACCUCUUCUCCUGCUGCAAAAGGGCUGUUGGCGCGCCGCUGAUCUGAUUGUUAACUCAUUUAUUGGUGCAUACGCCGACUACAGCGGUCUUCCGUACACACUAUGCAAAGUGCAAAGUAAAAUAAUGAAGUGCUUUUCUAAUCAGCUGCCACGUAAAUAGUAUGAGGACGUAUGUACGACUGUCAUUAGAUCUGAGUUGGAGUUUUUAUCACCGUGUAGUAAUUGAAUGCUCGAAAACAAGAAACACUGUGUGACGGACUUUGGAGCGAAUCAUUUGGACUCCACCGCGACGGCGAAGAAAAAUUUUGCCAAAGAGAGAAGUUGUACAGCGGUGUUACGGUAGAUCGCUGCGAAAGAAAUAUUGACAAUAUAGAAAAGUGGUGAAAAUGAAAAACAGUUUACAAUAAAUCUCAACUGUCCUGAAGACUAUGAAAAGACACGAACGAAAGAUGACAAGAAUUUGUGGUAUUGAACAGUCAUUCACGGUUAUAGCACCGUGAAAUUUCUUUUAUAGUAAUGUGCUCACAGCUGUUAGUGUUACCAGCGCAAGCGCGCUGAAGUGCGUACAACUUGUGUUCUUCCUAUAGUUAUCUUCAACGCGUUAUUCCUCUAGCACAAAGUUAGGUAAGUACGAAGUAUUUCACAUUCGACGUAUUUAUGAGGAAUAAACAGUAGGAAUCUUUUAAGUGCUCCGAGUGUGCUCCUUUAAAGAAACGCUCUGAAGUUCGAUAUAGUGCCAAAAAACACGAGGGGUCAACUUCUUCUAGCGCGAGAGAUGUCUCUGCCGGCAUUAGUGCUAAUUUGGAACAAUCGAGGUCAGUAAGUGACUGUGCCCGGAAAGAGCGGAGUACCUUGCAUCACGGCGACAACUUGAGCACCAUGGUGACGUUCAUCCCGUGCUGCCCCAGCCUCGGACUUCGACUGGGCGACGCCACCCUCACCUCACCCCAGGUUAAGAGGCCGCGGACUGAAGCGGACAGUGACACUCCAGAGCGGAGUAGGUCGCAGGAGGCCGGUGUGUCGAGUCCUGGCAGCGGACAAUCGGAGUCCUCGUGUGACACCACGGCCGCCGCCACAGGCGUGCCGGCGAGCGGCGGCUCUGGCUCGUCGGGUGCGCUGCAGGACGGCGGAGGUGGAGGCGGCGACGGGUCCGGGGGCGGCGCGUCGCCCGUGGGCGUCGGCGCCGGCGCGGGGGCGGCAGCAGCCGCCUUCUCCGCGGCCGCGUGGGCGGCCAUGCCGGACUCGUCCAGCGUUGUCAAGAGUGAAGGUCGCAGCCCGGGUCUGACUGAAACUUCAUCACUGGGUCAAGAUAGUCUAUAUUCUGACUCACUAACUGCCGCGUACAACACUUCGGAUUCACAACAUACCUAUGCUUCACCAACUCAGCAGUACUACACAAGUAUGCAGCAAGCCUAUGGCAGCCAACCAUCAGCAGCCUAUAUGCAGAGUUCCAGUUUCUAUAACACUUCAGCUUACAACAUGCUGCAGCAGGGUUAUGUGACUACAGGAAAUUCUCGAAACCUGACUGGUGGCAAAGUUAGCUCUGGUCCCUCGUCAUCAGGCUCGCCCAGCUACCUGAGCGCUUACACUUCUGCCAGCAGUGCAGCAGCAAGUUCCUUUGGUGCCGCUGUGAAUUCUGCAGCAGCUGCUAGUUCGCACCACACUGGCCAGACAGCUGUUGGCAGUGGCAGCACUGCCAGCAGCUCGGCUGCUGCCUAUGCAGCCUACAACACUUCUGGUUACAGCUGCUCAGCAGGAGCUACACCUGCUGCAGGAUUCUCGACAUCAGCACAGGCUUUCAGCACCACUCAACAAAGUCUCGAUUACAGCACUUAUGGCAACUCGUAUGCAAGCCAUCAAACUGUACAGUAUCCUACUAGCUACUUUUCACCAAAUUACUCACCUUACAUGUCAAGCUCAAGUUCAGCAAGCAGUGCUGGGAGCAUGGGGACUUCCACUUACCAGCUCGCCACACCUACUUUAACAGAGAGUCCUGGAAGCUUCCAUCUGUCAGAAAACGGGCCAGCAUCACCCCUCAAAACAGAUUCAAAUGGGUCUCGGAGAAACAGGGAAGGAAAUGGAGGAGAAGGUUCCUCUAGGUCUAGUAGAGGUCGAGGGAGAAGACAGAAUAACCCUUCCCCCAGCAACCCAGAGAGCAGCUUAGAGAGAGUAUUCAUCUGGGAUCUUGAUGAAACCAUAAUUAUUUUCCACUCUCUUCUCACUGGCACUUAUGCCUCCCGUUAUGGCAAGGAUGCUCAGACAGUUGCACAGCUUGGAUUCAGAAUGGAGGAACUGGUGUUCAAUCUUGCAGACACACAUUUUUUCUUCAAUGAUGUGGAGGAUUGUGAUCAGGUGCACAUAGAUGAUGUCUCUUCAGAUGAUAAUGGGCAGGAUCUUAGCACUUACAACUUUGGAACUGAUGGUUUCCAUGCAGCAGCCAGCAACGGCAAUCUGUGCUUAGCUACAGGUGUUCGAGGUGGUGUUGACUGGAUGCGUAAGCUAGCAUUCCGUUAUCGAAAGAUUAAAGAUAUGUACAACAAUUAUCGCAAUAGUGUUGGAGGUCUUCUCGGGCCAGCAAAGCGUGAACAAUGGUUGCAACUUAGAGCUGAAAUUGAAACCAUAACAGACAACUGGUUAACAUUAGCCAACAAAUGUCUGACAUUAAUUAAUUCACGGCCCAACUGUGUGAAUGUGUUGGUGACGACAACGCAGCUCGUGCCAGCACUGGCAAAAGUACUGCUUUUCGGUCUGGGUGGAAUUUUUCCUAUUGAGAACAUUUAUUCAGCUACAAAAAUAGGCAAAGAGAGCUGCUUUGAGCGCAUAGUCUCCCGAUAUGGCAGAAAAUGUACAUAUGUUGUAGUUGGUGAUGGGACAGAUGAGGAAGCUGCAGCAAAACAGUUGAACUUCCCAUUCUGGCGCAUCACGAGUCACAGUGACACAGCAGCACUGUACAAUGCUUUGGACAUGGGCUUCUUAUGAUGUGUGUCAGUGUUAAUAUUGAUACAUUUCUGUGAUUGAACUUAUUACAGCCAUUAAAGGCUAGUAACUAUGGAACUUGAAUUUUAAAACAAACAUUGAAACUGUAUAUGAAUUUGUUUAAAUUGUUUUUUAUUUAAAAUUUAUGAGCUUAAUGAUACAGUCUCAUAAUUAUGCAUAAAUAGUAAGAAGAUGCCGCAAUAGUCACGAUUAUUACUUUUGUAUAAAAUAGUUUUUUUAUUAUUAAUAACAAAGUAAUGUUAUUGUAAAGAUUGUAUUGAUAAUUAAGUUGUACUGUGCAAAUAAUUUUCAGAGAAAAAUUGAAUAUAUUGAAAUGUGACCUAUAUAUGAAGACAAAUUAUGUACAUACAUUAGUGAAUGGGGCACGGUAUGCUAGAACUUAAAACAUAUAUUGAGUUCUUUCUUUUUUCUGAUGUAAUUUUCCUGACCAUAGAUCUCAAAGAGCAAAACUUGUAAAUUAAAUUAUAAACUUGGUGUACUGGUUCUGUAAAAUUACUUUUCCCAUAAAACAAAAAUCAACUCUUGGAAUGAAACAGAGUACAAAUACUCCAAAAUUAUUGACUAAUGCAGAAAGCUGCCACAACUAGCACUGAAAAGUACACCAAAAUUGAUCAAGAUCCACCUUCAGUGUGAAGUUGAUGUGUACAUGGGUGACCUUACCAUUAUGGAAGUCUAAGUAGAUAUUUAAGGAUUGCGUUUUAGAAACUGAUGUAGUAGCAUGAGUGUAAAAGGGAAAAGUAAGGCAGCAGAAAUCUACUCUUCAAGAAGAAGUUGGGAAAGACUGUAGAAGAAUAACCAUGAGUAUGAAUGAAUAAUUAUGAAAAAUACAAAAAGAAGGUGAACAAAAAUGUAAAAGUCAUAUACAGUCAGUUGACACUCUUGCUUUUCUAUAAAUUGCGUUUUCUUCCCCAACCGAAGUCAUGAGAAUCUGUGUGACUCUUCAAAAUUGUUUUGUGUGACUACAAGAUGCAGACUAAAUAUUUUAGUUCAAUAGGUUGCAUAUUUCAGAAAAAAAAUUCGGUGUAACAAUAAUUGAUUUGGCUCAUAAAGAAAUCUUUGAAAGGUGUUUCUGUAAUUAUAUCCAUAUAACUUAAUUAUUUUUCCUUUAUUGAUAAUGCAGUCUUGAAUAUUCACCAUGAUUUAAACAUGUGUGGCAUGCCAUAAUGGUUAUUCUCCUUGCUAACAGUGUGAGCUGUGAGAAUACUCACCAGUAAUAUUUUUGAGCAAUAUGCCAACUUUUAAAAAAAGGAAACCAUGUUACUUUUAAAUAUGUAUCUGCGAUGGGAUCUGCAAGUUUUACAAAUGAAGUAAGUCAUUUUAUGUAACAGUGAUAACUUCACUGUCUUUUGUGGUAUUAGAGAACUACUUGUAGUAUAUGACUCUUCAUUUUAUUUUCAAAUAUACAUCAGUCAUCUAGUUGACAGCAAUUGCUGUCUAAAUAAACUAACAGUGGUACAAAAGAGUUUCAUUGGUAGAUGAUGAGGUGCUUAGCAUGCUGAAAAUAUAGAUGAACAUAUGAGUAUAUGGUGGAAGAUCAUCCAGCUGAUCAGCCUGUCAUUUAACUGUUUUGGCAUGACACCCUUUGUUGUUGUUGUCUAAAUGGGAAUGAUUUUCUUUUCCCACUAAUUGUUUGGAGUCAAACUACAUUAUAUUUUUCAUUUUGUUCUUUGUCCUGUCUCCAUGUACUGUUUUAAUUCUAUUUUUUGAUGCAUUUCAAUACUUCUCAGACAGAUGCAGCUCAUAUUUCUCAAAUGUACAAACUUACUUAAUGUAUGUUCUAAUUGUAUAUGAAGAAACCAUUUUUCAUGAACAAAAUUUAAAACAUUGCUUUAUUUUUUGCCUUGUUAUUAUGCAAAUCUACUUUCUGGCUUUAAUAUGAUUUUAAUACAAACCAUAUCAACAUUGUUAGAUGAACAAAAGAUUACAAUAAUAACAGUAUGUGGAAAGGAGAAAAAGUACUGUAUGAAACUUAAAAAAUUAAUGAUAAGUUGACCACACUGUUUUCAGUUGUCUUAACAAACUUUUCACACUGCCCUUACGGAAAUAUAUGAAACUUUUACUAGUCUCUAAAAGCCAGUUAUCUUCUAAACUGAUAUUUUAUGGUUUGUUUGUCAUCUGUCAUUUAGUGCCAGUUUCCACAAAAGAUUUUCUGCUUGAUGUCUCACUUUGGAGCAAAAACCUGUAAUUAUCAAAGAAGAAUGCAGCCAGUCAUGACACCCUAAUACAGCUAUGACAUUACACUUAAGCUGGACAUAAUUAAUGUUUACAUUUCAUUGAUUAUUAUCAUUCUGAAUGUGCUAACUUGUAUGAUUUUUUUCUGCUGUCAGGUUGUAGAAAGUUUUUCUCAUUGUUUCUUCCUACUGACUGUAGUAAUAACAGGAAUUUGCAC